ACUGCGUUCUUGUGACCCGCAUUACUUGACAAAGUCGAGUCGAGUGGAAAGGUUAAAACAACCAGAUAAUUAUUUAGCUAGUAACUUUAGGAAACGGUAGAUCGAAACGAACUGAAAGAAGCAGCUCACAGUUCUCGUUUUAUCGCCGUGCUAGGCAGCUAGGCAUUUUGCUGAGGAAGGUGGUCGGCUAACUGCGUCUGUGGAUCUCCCGUGGAAACAACUGGCUAGCUAGUUAGCAGUAUUGUUAGCCACUCUUUCCCUUGGAGUGCUACAACUCAACAAACUCUGGGUCGCAGAGCAAGAGAGAGGGAUGGAGAAGGGAGGGGGAGAGGUGGGCUGUCUAUGAGAGAGAACGCAUCGCAGGAUUCGCCAACCCUCAUGGCUGAAACCGCUGCACCAGACGCUAGAUGGUGCAGUUACUUCUUCCUGUAUGAUGGGUCAAAGGUCAAGGAAGAGGGUGACCCAACAAGAGUAGGCAUCUGUUACUUCUACCCCAGAGAGACUCCCCUGGAGCAGCAGGAGCUGCUGUGUGGGCAGCUGGCUGGAGUGUGUCGGUGCGUGUCUGAGCUUUCGCAGUCACCUGUCCGGCUUCUCCGGCUGCGCAGACGCAAGUUUGCCAUCUGCAUGAGGGGGGACUUCCUGUGGGCUUUGGGUUGUGCAGUGGAGAUUCCAGAUGUCAGUAUCUAUGGUUUUCUGGAGCAGCUCAUUGGUCUCUUCUGUUUCUACAACGGCCCUGUCCGACAAAGCUACCAGCUGUGCAGUCAGGAAGAGCUGGCAUUGCAGUGGGGGCUGUACCUCUCUCACCUGCAGGGCGGCGCCACCGAGCUCAAUCAAAUCUUCAGCUCCCUGCGCACUAUCGAUGCAACACGCAUUGACCCUCUGCUGCUUCUGAAAGCGGCUCUUAUUCUUCAGGCGUGCCAACGCUGCCCCCUGGUGUUAGCAGGGUGUAUACUUUACCGUGGCAGGGUUGUCAGUACACAGAUGCCCCCUGACCUCACAGCAAAAGUGCUCGUUCACGAGACAGAAACUCACAGCCAGGUGAACCUCAGACAUCUACCCAAUGGGGUGACAUCUCCUGAUAGCCCCCCCUUGUCUGCUUGUGUCACUUCUAUCCCUGUGUACCUGACUUCCUCUGAACUCCAUGCUCUACGGUGCCCCCCUGUGGACUGGGCCUGCAGGACCCACUGCCUCCCUCAGCAAGCUAACCAAACCAAGAAGUCCCGCCUCCUGUCACGCACCCUCUCUGACACGCCCACCCCUGACCCCGAGGGCCCUAAUCUUGACUCCACCAACCGCACCCCGGACUCCUUUCAGACGAUGCCCUGCUCCAGCCGGUCCUCUCUUUCCGAUGACGUGUACUUCUGCCCGAGCCCCUCGGCGAAUACCGUCGACCCGUCCCGUGUCAUCCAAUCCCCUUCCUCGGCUGACCAUCCCGGGUCACAUGACCAAGGCUUGGCCAAUGGGACGCUGCCGUCGGGGCUGCAGGAGGGGUCGGGGGUUCAGGAGCAGGGCGAGGGGAUCUCGGGGGUCACGUAUGAGUGCAGCGCCGGCAGGAAGGACGAGGGUGAAAACGGGGGUGAGCGUCAGCCACAGGAGGGCGGCCAUGAUGGGGAAGGACAUGACAGUGGCGGUUUAGAAGAGCAGGGUGUGUGUGGAGAGGUCGGGGAGGCUGUUAAUGGGAGCAAGGCAGAGCCACAUGGAGCUGAAGCACAGAGGAGUGAGGAUCAGCCAGGAAAGAGCGAACAAGAGGAGCCCAGUAGCGUUGACCAUAAAGGAGGGGGUGGGGGCGAGGGGGAGGCCCGAAAAGAAGAACAGGAGGACGGGAGAGAGGAGGACGGGGGCAGCGGAGGAGCACCAGCAGGGCAGAGUGAGGAAUCCCAGAGGGGCGAGGGAAUCCAGGAGGGCAGGAGCGAGACCCCUACGUUCAUGUCUGCUCUCGGCACCCCAGAGCACCCCCUGGUGGCCAUGGCGCUGUAUCAGCACAGGGUGCGGGGGCUGGUGCUGGCCCUGCUGGUGGAGCCCAGCUUCCAGAGUGAUGCAGCAGCCAUGGAGGAAGUGUAUCACAGCAGCCUGGCGUCUCUGAACGGGCUGGAGGCUCACCUGGGGAACACCGCGGCGGGGACUGCGGGCCCACAGGGGCAGUACACCUUCGCGCACUUCGACUGCGUGCAGAACACGUUAACGACCAAUUUGUCUGGAGGACUGGGGGGCUCCUUUGUGAGGGCCACCUCUCUGUUGCACUCUCACUUCUCUCAAGCCGUCACCCUGCAGGAGGUCAUUGUCAGGAGCGCAGGGACGGCGGUGUACGGGACCCGCAGCGUCGCCCAAGAAACGUACUUCAUGCAGCAGGGGGCAACGGCGAGGAACUCCGGGGUCCCCAACCCCCAGGACAGCGCCUUCUCCCUGCCCAGCAAAGCCCGGCACCGGCUGCUCAAGCACGGAGUCAACCUGCUGUGAGGCUGAGCAGGGAACUCUGGGUUCAGCAGGAGAGCACGCUCCAAUGCACCACCCCCCGCCUUAUAUCUGUACCUGUCACUCAGAGCCUCUGCACUCUCUUUAGAAUAGUCAGUUCAUACAUAGCAUAUGCUCUACACCCACUCAGUCACAAACACACUCUUAUAUAGAGUGUAUUGGAGCAAGGUGCACACAUUUUGGCUCUCACACACACAUAUACAAAUACACACACGUACAGACAACACAUGGAGGCAUUCAGAAUGUUUGCUGAGACAAAAGUUUUCUAGAACAUUCCCCGCCAAACCGCUGCCACUGUGCCUGGAAUGUUAUGUCUUGCUCGUGCAGAGUGUAGAAGCUGAAGGAGAAGGAGAGUUUGGUAAUUAUGUGUAAUUUGAAAUGAAAGCACAGCUGUGUUAAAAAUAACUUAAAAUGCAGUAAUAUUUGUCAGACAAGAAAACUGUAGUCCUGAAAUCUCAAUAAAGCUAAGAAAAAGCUU